AUGACUAGAACAACGAAGCCAGAACAUCCGCCGUCUGGCAAUGUCACAAAUGUUGUUGUGGCAGGCGGAACGCAAGAGGAGCAACAUGAGCCGAGUUUUUCUGAGACCCAAGUAGGAGAAGGGUCAGGUACGUCUGCAGAUGCUAUAUCGGCCGAGAAUACACAUGCUACCACAUCACAUGUUGGAGAUUCUCAAGCGGAUAUUGUUGUUGGAGACGACCCACGUGUCGAAGUGAGAGUCGAGUCGGGUGGGAGCAUCUUCUGGCCACGUGAUGCUUCGAUUAAGUUCCGAGAUGUUUUCAAAUCAAAAUUAGUGAAAGAAGGAAGCAAGUGGCUCUCCAUACCAGAAGAUACACGCCGGUGGUAUACGACUGAGAUGAAGAAGUACAUCAGGUGGGAUCCGGCUCAUGAGGAAAAAGUGUUAAAGAAACUUAAUACUAGCGCACAAGAGGCCUAUAACAAGUGGAUGAGUGAUAUUCGAGGUGGGCGGGAUAAAACCACACACAAGAUUAUCCCCACUGCGGUGCUCGGUGCAUGGAAAAGGGCUUGGAGCUCCAAUGAUGCACACAAAAGGUCAAAGACUGCCAAGACUAAUAGAAGUCGGGGCAAUUUAGCAAAUAAUCCAGAGUCGAUGCAUACCGGGGGAUCUCGUUCAUGGAGAUGGCAAAAAAACUGGAUGGAAUGAAACAUAUUGAAGAGGGGAUGUCCCAACUUGGGGACAAUCACUAUAGCAAGGACGAGGCGUUUCUAACCUUAGUCCCCCGUGAUAAGAAAAAAUGUAUAUUUGGGUUGGGAUCGUUGGCAUCAACGGUUCUUACUGAACAAUCAUCGUUUAACAGUGACGGCCGCACCCUUACAGUUGAACCUACAGAUAUGGAACGCAUAAUGAGAAUAGAACACGAGCAGCAGAUUAUGAAGGAACAAAAUAUGACCAUCAUGGAACAGUUACGGAAGAUUCAGGCUCACUUACACCGUCGUAACCCGGACGGCGAUACCGGUGCUCCCCCGAUCGCGUGAUGCGUUGAGGAGUUGGCAAAUUUUGGGCAUAUUGGAGAGAAAAGCAGAACGCAGGAAGUCCUUAGGCGUGAUCAUGAAGCAGAAAAAAAUGAAAAUUGCAAAAAGGUCCUCCGGGGUUAAUUAGCAAUUUUAGAAUUGUUUGGUUUAAAGUGCAAAGGGGAUCUUGGGAUGGACUUGAAGAGACACGAUUUUUUCAUUUGAAGAGGAGAAGAGAAGGGGACUACCACGUUCUCUACCACGAUCUCACCUACAACCUAUUUUCUGAGAGAAAGAGAAGCGAAGGAAGAUACUACGUACAGGAACUUUGGAGAGCAACGCAGAAGAACUUCCGGGCACCCUUUUUCUUCAUUUCUAGAAUUGGUUUGUUGUCGAUUUUUAAACUUGAAGGCAUGAUGAACUCUUUGAUUCAUUUUAUAUUUUUAAUUGCUAUGGAUUGCGAGUAGUUUCAUUUAUAGU